AUCGUGCGUGUUCAAUCCCGCGAGGGUACCAAGAGAAUCAAGUGCUCUACCACUGAAACUAUCUCCUCGUUUCUUUCAAAGGUGCUCAGAAUGUCCGUAAUCACCUGUUAUUUAGUGAUCAGUUGAUUAGUUAAGUAACACCGGAGUUGCCGUUUAUAUUUUAAAGUUUUAUUGACAGUUCUUCUCUUAGCUUCAGCGGUUUACAAUUUUUUUAGUGGCAACUGCCGGUAGUUCAACGUACCACAUUACAAGCAAUUGCCCAUGUUGGAACGCGUUAAGCACGGCCGUUUCUCCCUACCUCUCUAAAUAGCAAACGAAAAUCAAUCAACGAAGCUGUUAUGGAGAGAUGUGGGAAGAGUUUAACUUAACAAAAAUUAACACUUUCAUAAUUGAAAAUGUCGUAGGAUGGAAAGCGUGUAAGGACUUGAGGGGGGCUUGGAUGGAAAUAUAAUUGAGGGAAAAAAGUUUCUUGUACAUUUUAGAGUCGUUUUUCUUCACUCUUGAAUGAAAAUUAAAUAGGUAUAUCUUAAUAAAUUGUUACAGAUCUAUGACAAAAGAAUUUUAAGACAAUGGAUAAGAGGUUGAUUGUAUUUUAUCAGUCUCUUUAAGUCAAGUAAAGUCACUCAAUAGAAUGCACAAUGUUAAAAAAGAUUGAAAAAUAAAGGUCCUUAGUAUUUUUUAAAAAAAGAAAAAGAAAAGAAAUUAAUGCCUAGUCAGCAUGCUUACUCAGCAGUUUUUCUUAAUGAUAAAUCAUUCAACCAAUCAAUCAACAAGAAUGAUUAGAAUUUAUUUUAUUGAUGUUUUGAUGCGUCCAACAUCAAUCGUCAAGAAUGAAAGAAAAAAAAUGCUGGGUGUCAAAGUUAUAAAAAGAGUUGAGAUUUGAAUCUUGAAUUCGUUACCUGUAGAUGGCAUUCAUGACACACACUUUGACACUUAACGUUUUGUCCUUCUUAAUAAUGAUGUUGGAUACAUCAAGACAUCCAAUAACAUUACAAGGGCUGCAAAGAAAAGUCAGUUUUACAGCUUGCCGUAGCUAGCAUGUACUAGCCCAAGAGCCUAAUUUAACCAGUCCUCAUUUUUUUGAUGAGCAGGAUUGAUUUCAGUUCUCCUGUAAUUUGAAUUUUCUAAAACAAAAUUCACCAGCCCAAUAGCAAAAUCCUCUAGCCCCGUGCUAGCAAACACUCCUCUCUUUGCACACUGAUUACUUUUAGUUGUUUUUGGUAAAUGCCAAUAACAAGACCAUGUGAAUCAAUCAAUCAAUGUUUAUUUGCCCCAAGGAUACAUCAAGUUACAGUAGUACAAUUUGCGUAUACAGUGAAACCUCUAUUAAGCGGACACCUUUGGGACCUUCCCAAGUGUCCGCUUGCUUAAUAGAGGUUGUAAAAAUUGCGCAAUGUUUUUCAAGAUUAACAUUCAGUGGUUCCUCUGUACUGUGAUAAAGUUGACCAUGAAGUGCUGUAUUUGGGCAAGACUUUUAGGUGAACUUUGAUCGUGAAUGACAAUCAUACGGCCGGAUAUCAGUCUAAUCUACAGUUUAUUGACACUUAAAUGUGUUGAUUUAUCUUUAUUAAUUGACUACAGUACGUAUUUCAAGGAUGUAAUCCAAUACUACUAUUGUCAAUUCAGUCCAGUGUCUGCUUAAUGGAGUUUUUUAACAAUAGAAAUUAGCCAAAUACAAUCUAUUUUAGUGUCCACGUCUGCUUAAUAGAGGUGUCUGCUGAAUAGGGGUUCGUUAUAAAGGGGAAUGUAAGAUGUUAAUUUCGGAACCCAGCUUAGUGUCUGCUUAAUAGAGGUUUCACUGUAUAAUGAGGAGCAGGAACCCUACCUGGCUUACAAGGAAGAGUAACUCUGUAACUUUUUGAAUACUCUUUCACUCUGCUAAUUUACAACAUGUUCAUAACCAAGACCCUGCUAAACCUUUUUUUUGAUCAAGGAAGACCCAAAAAGGUGUAAAAAACUUUAAUGUUUCACUAGCUUCUGUUUGUUAAUGACAUUGCAAAAAUUUUUUGUUUAAACCCUGCCAGGCAGCCUAUCCCUCUGUUAAGUACAGUUUAAUUGCAACCUGCCUUAAAAUGCUAGAGACUUUAAGACAUACCUCUUUCCUGAUUCUUCUUUUGCUACUUGAGGGUCAAGUGCAUUAGCUUUAAUUUCAACCGGAUUUAAAUAAAAGUUGUUGUUGUUGUUGUUGUGCAGGGACAGUGUAUACUUUUUCAGUAUGCAUGUAUGAUAAUGUUCUUCUAAUUAACUAUAAUUCUGAAGAUUUUCAUGUUUAUUGUUUCCUUAGAUUUCAAAAGAACUUUCUCUUCCCAGAGGUGGUUGGACAUUGUAUAAAGAAAGAAAUAAAACAGGAGAAAUAAAGAACUCAACACGGAAGACACUUAAUUCAUUUGGCGUUAAGUAUGUCAAUGAACAAUGGUUUCAUUCAUAUAGUGCCAAGUCAAGUAGCCUCAUUGCUUUUCUUUCUUUUUAUUAGGCAUGGAGAUAUGCUUUUUCUCUCCCAAGAGAUUUCUGCAACAGUUAAUGAUACAUCAGAAGUUUCUUCUUUUCCUUUGUCUACUUCUACAACUGCUGCUCCCAUAGCAUCUUCUAGUAUCAAAGAAGAUGAAAUUGAUAUAUUUCUCUCAAAGCAGGAUGGCCUGAUUCACAGAGGGCGAGAUCCCCAACUGUAAGUAAAUAUUAUUUUACAUCUGUUGUUUCACAGUCUUCUUCUAUUUAGUUAGCAUCAAUUCCACAAUAAGGUGACGAUGAACACACACUGGGCAAUUUUUCGUUGUCAAGCCUGCUUACCAUUAUGGUGGCUUUCAGCUUAUAUUCAUAGUUUGUCUGCUGUUGCUUGGUUUAGACAUGUUCAUCUUAAAAUGGACAGGCCAAUAACUAAUUCCGUAGUGUAAAGAGGAUCAUGGGACUUUUUGUCAUUACUAGAGCUAUCAUGCAUAUUUCACUCUUCACUCAUAAUGAUUUUAUACAAACUAAAAAGUUACCAGUGUACAUGUACCUCAUAACUCACUGAUUAAUUUUUACAGGUGUCAUCACAAUCCAAACAGCAAGUGUAUUCACUGUGUACCGCUUGAGGUAGGGUUUAUUGGAGACAAAAUGCUAAGGUCAGUAAUUGUGAAAUCUAACUGAUGGCCUGACGACCACUUUAUCUUCCUACAGCCUUAUGAUGAAGAGUAUCUGAAGAACCAUCAACCUCCAAUCAAACAUAUGUCAUUCCAUGCCUUUCUCAAGAAGUUGGGACAAGGCACAGAGAGGUGGGUACUUCCUUUGUCUCAUUUGUUACUUAUAUGAAAAUAUUGGCAAGUUAGAAUUAUUUAGCCUCUGUCCAACAUUUAUUUCAGUGUUAUUAAAAGAAAUAAUGCUGUGGAAUAACCCCUGGUAUAUAACCAAAGGAAGAAUGUAAGAGUUUUUAAACGAUUCUGCUGGAAAUGUCUGGUUUAUAAUGUCCUGCAUGGCAGAGGUAACAUGUAAAAGUAGAGGAGGAAUACUGGGGAUGGCCUACACUCAGGUUGCACUUGUUCAUUCUCCUUCCUCGUUCUCUUGCUUCUUUCCACCUUCCCUUUCAGCAAAUGCUCCAUUUCCAUUACUAAAAGGCAUGAUGGCUGAGGGUUUAACACCUUCAAAUUCAGAUCUGAAAGUCUCGGUUCAAGCCUUGCCCUCACAUUGUUUCCUGCGAUGAGAAACUUUGCAGUACCUUGUCUCUCUCCACAUUGGCCCCUGUUGUUCAAAAGAAUGGUGGAUAGCACUAUCCACUGAAAACUCUCUGUCCAGUAGAUAAUGCAGUAUUAUUGGUUCUCCUACUACUUUAUAGCUACUGGAUAGCAAUUUAUCAGAGCGAUAGUGCUAUUCAAAGGUUGAAUAACCAAGGCUCAGUGUAUAAAUGGGUACUGGUGGAGGAGGGAUGGGGGGUGUAGAAAAAUUCCAGGUCGCUUCAUGGGAUAGAAAACAGGAUACGCUACAGCCUGCUGUGCCACUUGGCUAGUAUGCAGACUUUACCCUGUACCUAAUUGCUACAGAGGAUACAUAGUUUGGCAUGAUCAUCAACAAAAAAUAAAGUUAUUUUGAAGCAAAUCCUGAUUUUUCAUGUUAGCCAAUUGCUAAACCUGCUGAACAAUGCAGCUUUUACCUGAACAAUGCAACUUUUAAUAAGCAAAAUAAUUCAGCACCAAAUUAAUGGGCUUCUGUAUUGUAAAAGAGUUGGGUUCUAAUUUGACUUUCUUCCAACAGAGGAAAGUUUACUGUGCUGGAAGACACAAGCUGUAGAAUUAAACCUGGUUGCACAGAACACCCACCAUGGCCUGGUGGAAUUUGUACCAAGUGUCAACCAAGUGCUAUCACAUUGAAGAGACAGGUAAAUAGUGUAAGCCAAUGCUGCAGAGAAAUAUCAUGAGAUAGACAAUAGAAAGAAAACAAUCAAGCAAAAAAAGCAUAGGGAUAAAAACAGAAGGGUCCAGAGCAGUGUUCCAAGCUGUGACUGUUUUGGUCACCAUGGCAACUAAAAUUGCAGAGAAAGUUACCAAUUUGAUGACGUCUGUUCUAUUUGGCAGUAUAGAUGCUCUAAGCUGUAGUUAUUUUAUUAGACCUUGUUGAUGGUCUUUUUUAAGUUUCAGUGAAAUCAUGAAAUGUUUGCACAAGAUAUUAUUUAUGCUAAAUUUUCUUUAUAAUAUUCUCUUUCACCCUGGUUUCUCUAGUAUUAAGCCUUGAGAUUUCGUUUGUGUCUCCAGAUUGGAUUGCCACAGUUGGGCAGCCAUUUAGAUUACUUCUCUUCAACUAUUCUCACAACAUUUCACAAAGUUGAGCUACAGAUAUGGGUCAUGUCAUGCAAUUUGGGUCACCAACUCAAUCUGAGGACUGGGGGUGAUAAUUCCGGGAAGAACUGUUUGUGUUAUUUGAGAAACAGCUUAGCAUUGUUCUGAUCUACUUGCAGACAUACAGACAUGUAGACAACAUCUUGUUUGAAAAUCCCUUUAUUGUGGAACCAUUUCUGAAUUAUUGGAGGAAAACAGGAAAUCAGGUACGACUGUUAUCCUUCCGUGUUUAUCAAUAUUAUUAAUCCACACUUCUACAAGACGAAAAAGAAGCCUAAUUUUAAUAUAUUGCAUUUCACCAUUUUUAGAGGCUAGGAUUUCUUUAUGGGCGUUAUGAGCAUCACAAAGAUGUCCCUCUUGGAAUAAGAGCAUCUGUGGCUGCCAUCUAUGAGCCCCCUCAGGUAAGUCCCAUUUCUGAUUACUUUUGGAGACAAGGCUUUUAGUGUUAGAAUAAGCACUCAGUAAUUUUUGCUUUGGGCCAAAGUAAAGUUUAUUUGGAACAAUUUAGUUUUUGAGGCAAAGUCGCCACGAAACAGCUGUUCUGUUUUAAGCCCUCCCUAGUCAUUCAGUCUUACAUUUAGUUGAUGUUUUAAACACAAAUGAAACAUUUUAACAGUUUGAUCACUCUAUGAAAAGAGCUGAUGAGAUGUCGUAUCUUAGGUUAGUUUAGUGUGGGUAGUAAGAAAAAUAAUAUACUCUUAGCCUUUUAGGGACGUCACGAAAACAAGCUCAGGGGAAAAUAGAACGCGUGUGAUGUUGGAAAAGGUGGUUGCGGCAGAAAAGAAUUUCUCUCUCCCCAGCCUUCGCGUGUUUUUCGUAUCAGUUUUCAGAAUCGCUUCGCAUUACCAUCUUUGGAGUCCGAAACACGCUUAAUGUUCCCAUGGUCCUUUGCGCGAUAUCUCUUAAUGCUCGCAGUCUCGUUUUCUACCAGACACUUAGGUCGCCUAAGAACGAGGCAGCGAACAAGCUAUAUUGCUUUCUAUGUAAAAAAAAGUGCCAAAUUUUGAUUUUUCAGGAAGGUACUCCAGACAGCAUAAAACUCUUAUCAGACCCUAAUGAAGAAGUAAUCGACAAACUAGCUGCAGACUUGGGUCUGCAGAGGGUAGGUUGGAUAUUCACAGACCUCGUGGCAGAUGAUGUUAGGAAAGGAACCGUAAAACAUCUGAGAGACAUUAACACUUUCUUUCUCACUGCCGAGGAAUGCAUCUUAGCCGGUCACCUGCAGAACCUUUAUCCAUCACCUUGUAUAUUGUCUUCGAGUGGAAAGUUUGGGUCCAAGUUUACCACAGUUGUUGUAUCAGGUCUGUAACUAGAGACCUUUACUUAGAUUUGAGGACGAGAUUUAACUUAAAGUUUUUCGGGUAUUCUCAAAAAAUUGACAUCCCGGAAAGGUUCAUUGUACCUUUUUUCACCAGAACAGUGCGGUUAUUUUUACUGGAGGGGGUUAAGCCCCCUCACGAUCACAAAAUAAUAAAACUUCUGACAUUUGAAACCUUUUAUCCGCCACUGCGACAUUCUCGCUAAACUGCUCGUGAUAGAAUGACGACGACUAUCACGUUUUCCCGCCAAAAUGACGCUGGUUCUUGCGCGCGCACUACUUAGUAUUGAGAAAAUCUCUUCUUCGUAGUUGUUCUCUUCUUAGAGUCCAAAGGGUUGCUAUUCUUGCAGUAUGUUGUACUUUAUUCUGUUAGCGGUUAAGGAACCUUACGUCACUAGAGUUUCACUACAAUAUCAUAAAUUUAAUCAGUUUUUCAAGAUGGUUGCCGUUUGCAGUUUACGUCGUUAUUUCUGAUAAUUCGUCUGGAAUACGGAAACGUUAGCGACGGCACAAAAUAGCUGCUUUUAUAUUAUUUUUUUCCUUUUACUAACUUUCCAUUGCGUUUUAGCUAAAGCUUUGAUCAUCAUUCCAGCGUCGCAUAAUUUUUACUUGCGUAAGCAGGUGAAUUUUACGCGCGUAAGUAAAAUAGAGGCAAUGUAUGGAAGGAUCGCACGUAAAAAACGUUAAGCGACAGUGGAAAUCUACCCUUACAUAGGACGCGAACACCAUUCCGUAUGAAUGGCGUAGAAAGACAGCUGCUAUUUUUCUCUCGUAUAAAUGGUACUACUAUCUUCCUAUCCAGGUAACAUGGACAAUCAAGUUGGAUUUGACGGGUUUCAAGUUUCUAACCAGUGUAUGGCAUUAGUGCGUGAUGAGUGCCUCGUACCUACAAUUGAUGAACCAGGCUUAGGCUACAUACGGGAAUCCUCAAGUGAUCAGUAUGUCCCGGAUGUUUUCUACAAGGUUAGAUAUAUCGGUUGGUAGAAUCUCCUAGGAGAGUGCUGCUUUCUACGCUAAUAAUUCUUUAUUUGUGUUUCCAGACUGCUGAUUCUUACGGUAAUGAAGUAACACUACUUGCGCGACCUAUGCCGAUCGAGUAUGUGUUAGUUCAGGUGGGUGCUGUUGGGUAUACAUGUCGUUUUGAACAUAGCCAUGUUUUAGUUAAAUUUUCUAACUUCAAAAGCUGGCGUUGUUGAGACACUUGCUUCCAACACCCUAUGGUGGACACUUGCAUACUACAGGUGUCUGGUUAUUUAAUUUUGAAAUAAAACUAGAGCUUAAGUAUAAUCUUUAUAGUGGUAUAGGUUGUUUGAUUCGUUAGUAAAUCCGAAGGAGCUCACUAUUAGGCACCGAAACUUAUUUCGUGGUUGCCAAGGUUUCGUACUUCCACGCAUUGUAAUUGGCUGUGAAAUCUAGCAUUACUCUUCAUUGUAAUUACAAGUCAAUUAGUCGUGAUCUCGCUCGCGUUUGGCCUGCAAUUGGCAGCCGGCUACAAUCUUUAUAGUAGUAAUAAUCAAAGAUUACGUAGUGCAUUGAACCGAUCUCGAUUCCGGGCUCACUGUCCUGUUGCCUGGUCCUGUGGUAAGUCGCUGAUGAUGUCAUAAUGUCCGUUCAAUCAACGGCGGUUGUCUCAUACACAAUUCUUACUUUAAUCUGCAAUAGUAGUGCGUUCUUCUUUGUCGAACACAGUUACUUAAAAUUUUGAUCGUUUGUUUGGAUUAUUGCGUGCAUCCGUGGUGACAGACGGAGUGACCACAGUGUUGGCGAUAGUAAAUGAGAUUACUUUCAAAAGAAAUCUGAUGCUGUGUGGGUAGUGAAAUACUCGAGUGUAGUUUUAGCAACUAAGUUGAUUGGACUAAGUAUUUGUUAUGACUGUAAUGAUUCACCUUGUUUGGGACAGGUUCCAGCCGCUUUUCCUGUCGAAUCACAGUUCACGUUCACCAACCAAAGUGAAGGAGAACCGUUUCCCUUAGAAAACCGUUCAAGUAUGGGAGAACUUCAGGUAAGGCAGUUCUUUGUUAUUUCUGGUUGAAUGGUUUGUAUUUUAUGCAAAUUUGACAUUUUAAAUCCAGUCCCUAUUUAUUAUUCCUGCCAAUAUCUUUCACACGGGGAAUCUCACUAUGGUCUAUGUUUUUCGGUGUUGUGGUUGUUUGAUUAACGACUAUUGAUUUAAAGAUUUUUUUCCUGUACAGGAUUUUAACGCAUUAGUGAGAUACUUAAACCAGUUUUCUCCAGAUCAGUUCCUUACAGCCAUGUCUAAUUUUCAUCUUUUGGUUUUCUUGGCAACUUGUGAUAUGCUUCCUUUAAAAGUAAGUACAGCUAGCCCGUAG